AAGAACGCAUAAUGAAACACGUUUUUAUGCAGCAAAGCAUGGCAAUGUGUCGCAAAUCUUGAUACUGUUUAUAAUAAAUAUGUCCCACAGACGCUUCACCUGCGCUUGUAUAUUGUAUAUGUAUAGCUGGUACCACUAUUUCACAGUCAAUAGUGAGAAGUAGUACAUUUUUAUUAUACUUACAAUUUCGUACUCGCUAUAUGCCUGCGUCUUACCACUUUUACAAUGAAUAUAUGCGUGGGUCUUACACCUUUUACAGUGAACUCCUGUGAGACGCAGUACAUUUUAAUUAUAGCUGCACAACCUCGCUUGCUAAACAUCCCAACACUACAAGCGCACCACUCCUCCAGACAAUAAUAAGGUCCGGUACGCCAGGUUUCUGGCCCCGCCCCCUAGCUCGGCGCGUUAGUAUUGUGGGGCGUGUCCAGCAUAGCUCCUCCCUCUGCUUAAAGCGAGUCUGGGCACGUGUUUAGUGUUCCAGUCGGGAACAGGGACAGAAAUGGGGAAGGAGCCGCCGGAACUGCCCGGAGACCCAAGCAGGGGAAAAGCCUGCUAGGAGGGCAAUGGGUAUGGUUACGGCGUCCAUUUUAUGACGUUUACGCACUAUGUUGAAGUGCAUCUUACUCCCUUACGCUUUAAAAUCUUCGUAUUACUAAGAAAUGAUUAUCGCACCACCCCUACCCCAGGUAACAGUCAUGGGAUCCGCUUACUUUGUGCUGACACAACACGUCCCACAUACACCAUUUAGCCUCCUGCCUGCCGUUUCAGUUACCCUACAUCCUAUUACUUUUUCUGACAGCUUGCUUUCCUAGUCAUCAUUCUUUCUACCUGCGAUGUCAUUCUUGGAUCUUUCUAAUCAGUUUACUGCAACCCUUAAGAAUAAUGGCCGAGAUAUGACACGGCUCGGAGGAGGGCACACGAACGACGUUGCACUGAGGGACGAAACGUGACAUCACAGGGAGGAGGAUGAAUGGGGAAGCUAGGACCUGUCAGUAAAAAGUAAGGGGAGCCCGCAUAACUGAUAUCGCAGGCAGGAGGGAGGAGGCUGAAUGGGGCAGGCGGGACCUGUCAGCACAAAGUAAGAGAAGAUCGCGUCGCAGUUACCAGCGGUGGGGGAGGUGCGAUAAGGAUUUUAGCAAUACGGAGAUUUUUUAACAAAAGGGGAGGGGGAGGUGGACACAAGCAGGAUGCACUUGAAUUUGGUGCAUAGAUGUCCUAGGAUGGGAAACAGGCAUUCCCUUCAUUGCAGCUUAAAGGUGGCUAUACACGUUACUUUUCAGUUUUCUCUACUGAAUCGUCAGAUAUGCAGGGCUAGUCAAUAUUUUGCUUUACCUGAAGCCAAACGUAUGGAGUCAGGUUUGCAAGUCAUCCUCUGAAUCAUUGGACUGUAUUGUGAAUCCUCAGGAACCAUCUAUGGAAUACUUCUGGAGUAAGAAGAAUACUUUGGACCUUCAAACUAGGAUUGUAGGACAAUGUCAAGACAUGCUGAUUUAUAAAACGUAGAGAGGCAAAGACCUUCCUGUGCAAAAAUAAAUAUGGGUUUACGUACACAAACACUGGAGGUGCAUUGGAGGUAAAACAAUAGUAACCUGGGAACAAAAAGGCUCUACAAUAUUGCACAAUAUCUGUGAGGUUUGGUAAUAGCAUGCAGUCAGAUGAAGGCUCAGAGUGGCUUCUGGAGCUCCUGAGCGAGGUGCAACUGCAGCAGUACUUCUUACAAAUCCGUGACGACCUCAAUAUCACAAGGCUUUCUCACUUUGAUUACGUCAAGAAUGAGGACCUGGAGAAGAUUGGGAUGGGCCGGCCAGGCCAAAGGAGGCUGUUGGAUGCUGUAAAGAGAAGAAAGGCAAUUUGUAAACGCAAAUCCUGGAUGAGCAAGGUGUUCAGUGGCAAGCGGCCAGAAUCCGAAUUUGCGUCUCAGCCCCAGAGUACUUUCCGUAAGCCCCCAAGCCCACCACCACUGGAGGGGCAGCAAGCACUCACCUGCUUGAUUAGCGAGAAGGACCUGUCCAUGUUUGAAAAGCUAGGGGAUGGAUCGUUUGGAGUGGUGCGAAGGGGAGAAUGGAACACACCAAAUGGCAAGUUGUUCAACGUAGCUGUGAAGUGCCUGAAGACAGAUGUCUUGACCCAGCCAGAUGUUCUGGAUGAUUUUAUCCGAGAGGUUAAUGCAAUGCAUUCCCUUGACCAUAUUAAUCUUAUCCGGCUCUAUGGAGUGGUCCUUACACACCCUAUGAAGAUGGUUACAGAGCUUGCACCCAUGGGCUCUCUUCUGGAUCGUCUCAGGAAGAACCAGGGUUACUUUCUUAUCUCCACACUUUGUCACUAUGCUAUUCAGAUUGCCAAUGGUAUGGCGUACCUGGAGUCCAAACGUUUUAUUCAUCGGGACUUAGCAGCAAGGAACAUUUUGCUUUCCUCAAAUGACUUAGUGAAGAUUGGCGACUUUGGCCUCAUGAGGGCAUUACCCAAGAAUGAUGAUCACUACGUCAUGCAGGAACAUCGCAAAGUGCCCUUUGCCUGGUGUGCACCAGAAAGCCUGAAGACUCGAACUUUCUCACAUGCCAGUGACACCUGGAUGUUUGGAGUGACGCUGUGGGAGAUGUUCACAUAUGGGCAGGAGCCGUGGAUAGGACUCAAUGGCAGCCAGAUUCUCCAUAAGAUCGAUAAGGAAGGUGAAAGACUGGUUCGGCCUGAAGAUAGCCCACAGGACAUCUAUAAUGUAAUGUUACAGUGCUGGGCUCAUAAGCCAGAGGACAGGCCAACCUUUGUGGCCCUCAGAGACUUCCUGGUGGAGGCUCAGCCAACAGACAUGUGUGCCCUUCAGGAUUUUCAGGAUCCAGAUAAACUCCAUAUCCAGAUGAAUGAUGUCAUUACAGUCAUCGAGGGCAGGGCAGAAAAUUACUGGUGGAGAGGGCAGAACAAACGAACUUUGAAGGUGGGACAGUUCCAACGAAACACCGUUACAUCAGUGGCUGGCCUGUCUGCUCACGAUAUCAGCCGCCCUCUUAAAAACAGCUUCAUCCACACGGGCCAUGGAGACACGGUACCUGCUCACUGCUGGGGCUUUCCUGACCGGAUUGAUGAGCUGUACUUGGGAAAUCCCAUGGACCCACCUGAUAUUCUAGGUCUGGAUCAAGGCACUGCUAGACCCACCCAGCUUCCCAGCAGGGCAAAAAGGGAGCCACCACCCCGCCCUCCUCAGCCGGCUGCCAGGGUCAAGAGUAAGUUUCAUGGUACCAUCCUUCGUGCUCCCUGCUCCUGCCCGCUCUGUGCAAUAAUUGUUCCUCUAUUUCAAGAACCAUCUUAUAAUACUGUCAACGGAGAAGACGAUUCAAUUACUUUGGGGAUUAAGAAGCUCUACUUAAAGAAACCAACUCCAGCUAAAGGACUCAAAUUAGUCAAACCGUCAGCUCGAGUGACUGGCACUAAAGUUACUGAUAGGCAGCUGUCUGACAUAAGGAGCAACAGCUUGAAGGAAGAGGAAUUAAUAGACUUUGGAGAGGAUCUGAGCCCAAUUAGCCCAGGUUACCUUUCUCCAGCAGUGGAACAGACUGCCCCUUCUUUAGCAAAACUGGCAAUGGAGGCUUUUUCGUUGCUUGAUAAGACUCCUCCUCAAAGUCCUUCCCGGUCCUUGCCACGCCCUUUACAUCCAACUCCUGUAGUGGACUGGGACUCAAAACCUCUACCUGCUCCACCAGCUUAUGAUGAGGUAGCACAAGAUGAAGAUGAUUUUGAAGUGUGCUCUAUAAACAGUUCUGAUGUACUUUUGGCCCAGAAGGAAAAAGUAACUGUAAAUUUGCUGCAGAGGGCCAGGGAAAAAGGUGAGACUAACUAUGGCUAUGUAAAGGAAGAGGAACGUUACAAUUGCAGAGGAAAACUCGAAGACAAUCUCUUCCUACCUCCAAAGGAUACCAAGCAACCUAGCCUCUCACAAACAUCAGAGAUCUUUGAAGAACUGCAGCAAGAAUGCAUGAAGAGACUUAACGUUCCAGCUUCCACCUCACUAGCAUCAACACCGAGCCCUAGCACCUCAAUAAUGCACAUAAAUGUGACCCCUUCAGAGGAUAAACCUCAAAUCCCUCCCCGGAUUCCUAUACCUCCUAGGCCUGUUCGACGUAAUGAACAUGAUCGCUGGUCUGGUGAACUGUCACCGGCCUUUGGUGCAGAUGAGAUUGGUCGGCCUCCUCUGUUGCCACCUAGGGAUCCAUUGUCUCAGCCCACUUCUAGAACUCCAAGUCCCAUGGCUUUUCAGGUGGGUUCCCCACAGCAGAGAUCAAACCUUUGUUCACCCUUGUCCAUUGGCACCUACCUUUCUACAUCUCCUGGAAAACUGAUGCCUACCACACAGAGUUUUGCAUCUGAUCCCAAAUAUGCUACCCCUAAGGUCAUACAAGCUCAAGGAAAAGAUCAUGUUAAAGGUCCUUGUAUUUUGCCUAUUGUGAAAGAUGGCAAGAAGGUCAGUAGCACACACUACUACCUUCUGCCUGAGAGGCCUUCGUACUUGGACAAGUAUGAGAAGUUUUUUAAAGAAGCCCAAAGUCCAGAAGAGUCUUCUGUUGUUAGGAGUAUCACUACAGCAACUGUGAGGCCUAUGGUCCAUCAAACAGAUUAUAAAGCUAACUUCUCAUCCAACAACAGUAACUGCUCUUCUAAGAGUACUGUAAAAACUUCUUGCAGCUUGCAGAAAAUUGUUUACGAUGGGCCAGAUUGCAUCAAGAAUGCGGAAAAAAUUCGGCUGUUGCACUCCCACUGGAGCUUACCAUCUAAGCUUCUAUUCACUCACACCAAGGUUCAGGACACGGUCCAUGGAGUGACAACUGAGGAAUGUCAGACAGCUUUACAGAACCAUGGCUGGAAUGUACAAAAAGCAGUCCAGUAUUUAAAGGUUGAGCAGCUGUUCUGCCUUGGAUUAAAGACCCGAAUAGAGUGUCACAAAGUACUGGAGAUGUUUGACUGGAACCUGGAAACUGCCAGUUCCCACCUACUUGAAUCAUACAGUGGGAUACAGCAAAAGCGAUGAUGUUGUGCCCUUGGUGGGAGUGCUUUUUGGCAUUAAAUAACUUACCUGCACAACUUAACCAUCUGGAUUCAUCUACUCCAAAUAUCCAGCUACAGAAGAAGUGCAUUCUAUAUGUGCUCAAGUUUAUGAACCUGCACGCAUGGCAGCUUUCUUCCCCCAGAGGGGUGGACCGACCCAGUGUUCUGCUACAUAGACUCAUGUUAAUGUUGCAUUUUCUCUUUUAAAUGUUUGUCAGUUUCUUCCUACCCAUUGUUCAUUUUGUUAACUCAUUGUUUUUAUAAAAGAGAUGUGUAAUUUUAAUAUAUAUAUAUAUAUAAAUAUCUCUCUAUAUAUAUAUGAAUAUAUAUAAAUAUAAGAUAUAAAGUUUAUUUGGAGAAAAGAAAAAUUAAGCCAAAAUAUGGAAAUCUGACAUUAUUUACUUUACAUGAAGUAAAAACAUACAACAGAA